UCGCGUCCGUGCACGACUCGGAGGUGGAGGAGGUGUGCGCUUCGCAGAGACAGCGCCACUCUGAGAGCGACGCUCGGGCCGCGGAGCAAAGUCUUGACCACAACGAGUGCGACGCUCCCUGGCAGCUCUACGUGCCGCUCCACCGUCGGUGCCCAGAGCUUGACCGCCUCCAGCAGCAACCAAGAGGGCGUCGGACCCACGAGGACGUCGGCCGUGAAAGAGCCGCACGCAGACCCCACCGCUGGGACCCCGGUGCUGGACAUGGUCGCCGAGGACGACGACGACCACCGCUCCUCCUCGGGCAAUCGGCACGAUGAGGGCAGUCGGGCGUCUGAGCUCGUGGGUGACAGGGAGCACCACGCCACGUCCGAGCAGGAGUUCACGCUCCAGGCCCACUGGCUGAAGCCGGCGCACUCGAAGGAUGAUUCCGCCAGGUCUGUCGCCAAUGAGGUGUCCUACAUGGGGGUGAACUCCGUCUGGGGCGGGAUGGCGGUAGAGCCAGACUCGAAGGACAUGCAGUCCCAUAAAGGCUCCAAGGAGUGGUUUCCGCAGUAUCCCAACAGCGAGUCGCGCAUCCUCUGGGACUGCGUGUCGGCCAUGUUGGUGAUCUACGACGUCGCCAUGCUGCCGCUGGCGGUCUUCCAGUUCCAGAGGAAUGACUUUGUGAUAUCGAUGGGCUGGAUCACGCUGAUCUUCUGGACGAUCAACAUGCCAAAGUCUCUGUGCGUUGGCUACGUGGCCCAUGGCAAAUUGUGAUGCGCAUGCGGAGGAUCCUGCUGUCCAUUACAUCGCUUCGCUCGUUCCGCUGACCCUUAUCGUCGCACCUGUCGAUUGCCC